CCACCUGGCACGGGACAGAGCCGCUGCACUCACGGGGGAGGAAAAGUUGGGGAACCCAGUGCGGACAGAGCUCAAACCUCAGGUCCCCUCCCCACCCCAUGCCAGGCGGUCACCCAAGCCCUGGCUCCUGCCGCCUGCCCAGAGGCCACCCCGCCUCCUAGACAGGUGCUGGACAUGGAGGAGCUGACCAUUUGGGAACAGCACACGGCCACGCUCUGCAGGGACCCCCGGCGAGGCUUUGGCAUUGCGAUCUCUGGUGGCCGGGACCGGGCCAGCGGGUCCGUGGUUGUGUCCGAUGUGGUGCCAGGGGGACCCGCGGAUGGCAGACUGCAGACAGGCGACCACGUCGUCAUGGUGAAUGGGGUCUCCAUGGAGAGUGUCACCUCCACGUUCGCCAUCCAGAUACUCAAGACCUGCACGAAGUUGGCCAACAUUACGGUGAGGCGUCCCCGGAAAAUCCAGCUGCCUGCCACCAAGGCUGGCGCCUCCGGCCAGAGACGCCAGGGCUCAGAGGAGGAGGCCGACUGCGGCCAGGGCUAUGACGGCGACACGUCCAGUGGCUCUGGCCGCUCCUGGGACGAGCGCUCCCGCCGGGCGAGGACGGGCCACCGGAGCCAGGCUGGCAGCCGUGGGCGCAGGAGCCCGGGCGGGAACUCGGAGGCCAACGGGCUGGCGCUGGUGUCCGGCUUCAAGCGGCUGCCGCGCCAGGACGUGCACAUGAGGCCCGUGAAGUCCGUGUUGGUGCGGAGGACGGAGAGCGAAGAGUUCGGGGUCACCCUGGGCAGUCAGAUCUUCAUCAAGCACAUCACCGACUCGGGCCUGGCCGCCAGGAAUCGCGGUUUGCAGGAAGGAGACCUCAUCCUACAGAUCAAUGGUGUGUCCAGCGAGAAUCUGUCCCUGAGCGACACCCGGCGCCUGAUUGAGAAGUCCGAGGGGAAGCUGACGCUGCUGGUGCUCAGGGACCGAGGGCAGUUCCUGGUGAACAUCCCGCCGGCCGUCAGUGACAGUGACAGCGACAGCUCCUUCCUGGACGACAUCUCGGCCCUGGGCUCAGAGCUGUCUCAGGCGCUGCCGUCCCAUGUCCCACCGCCACCCCCGCAUGCGCAGCGGAGUCUGGACUCCGGUGGAACCGACUCCCCCAGGGAGAGCCCCCCACUUCGGCGGGAAGACUCGCUGGAUUCCAGAACCAUCUCGGAACCCGACACCCCGAGGCACAGCAGCUAUGACAUCUACAGGGUGCCCAGCAGCCAGAGCGCAGAGGACCGUGGGUACAGCCCCGACUCCAGGGUGGUCCGCUUCCCCAAGGGCACGACCAUCGGGCUGCGGCUGGCCGGCGGCAAUGACGUGGGCAUCUUCGUGUCGGGGGUGCAGGAGGGCAGCCCGGCCGACGGGCAGGGCAUCCAGGAGGGAGAUCAGAUUCUGCAGGUGAAUGACGUGCCCUUCAGGAACCUGACCCGGGAGGAGGCUGUGCAGUUCUUGGUGGCGCUACCGCCGGGCGAGGAAGUGGAGCUGGUGACACAGCGGAAACAGGACAUCUUCCGGAAAAUGGUGCAGUCCCGCGUGGGCGACUCCUUCUACAUCCGCACACACUUCGAGCUGGAGGCCAGCCCGCCGUCGGGCCUGGGCUUCACCCGCGGGGACGUCUUCCACGUGCUGGACACGCUGUGCCCCGGCCCCGGGCCGAGCGGCACCCGCGGGACCCACUGGCUGGCCGUGCGCAUGGGCCGCGACCUCCGGGAGCAGGAGCGCGGCAUCAUCCCCAACCAGAGCAGGGCCGAGCAGCUGGCCAGUCUGGAGGCCGCCCAGCGCGCCGUGGGGGCCGGGCCGGGUGCCUCCGUGGGCUCCAGCACGAGGGCCGAGUUCUGGCGGCUGCGGGGCCUGCGGCGUGGCGCCAAGAAGUCCACCCAGCGGAGCCGCGAGGACCUGUCGGCUCUGACCAGGCAGGGCCACUACCCACCGUAUGAACGCGUGGUGCUGCGAGAAGCCAGCUUCAAGCGCCCCGUGGUGAUCCUGGGGCCCGUGGCGGACAUCGCUAUGCAGAAGCUGACUGCCGAGAUGCCUGACCAGUUCGAAAUCGCAGACAGCGUGUUGAGGACCGACAGCCCCUCCAAGAUCAUCAAGCUGGACACGGUGCGCGUGAUCGCGGAGAAGAACAAGCACGCGCUCUUGGACGUGACGCCGUCGGCGGUCGAGCGCCUCAACUACGUGCAGUACUACCCCAUCGUGGUCUUCUGCGCCCCCGAGAGCCGGGCGGCCCUCAAGGCCCUGCGCCAGUGGCUGGCGCCCGCCUCCCGCCGCAGCGCGCGCCGCCUCUACGCGCAAGCCCAGAAGCUUCGGAAGCACAGCGAGCACCUGUUCACGGCCACCAUCCCCCUGCGCGGCACGAGCGACACCUGGUACCAGGAGCUCAAGGCCGUGGUCCGCGAGCAGCAGACCCGGCCCAUCUGGACGGCGGAGGACCAGCUGGACAACUCGUCCGAGGACAACCUGGAGCUCCCCCGCCGCGGCCUGGCCGACAGCUCGGCGGACCUGAGCUGCGACAGCCGGGUCAACAGCGACUACGAGACGGACGGCGAGGGCUACACGGACGGCGAGGGCUACACGGACGGCGAGGGCUACACGGACGGCGAGGGCUACACGGACGUGGACGAGGGGCCGCCGGCGCCCGCUCUGGCCCGGUCCUCGGAGCCCGUGCUGGAGGAGGAGCCCCGGGGCCCGCGGGAUCACGGGAGAGCCUCGGGUGCCCGAGGAGCCCAGGCGGACAGGCACCCCCACCACAGCCAGGGGCGACAGGACAGCAUGCGGACGUACGGGCAGGAAGCCCUGAAGAAGAAGUUUACACGAGCUCGAGAUGUGGAGUCCUCCGAUGAGGACGGCUAUGACUGGGGCCCGGCCACCGACCUGUGACCCCUCCCAGGUCCCCUGGGGCUGGACCCGGUUUCCCACUCAGAACCCAGAACCCUGCGUCCUUCUGCCAGUCAUUAAUAAAUAAGAGU